AUGGUUAAUGAGACAGAAACUCCAGGUGAGUUACAAUGGAGGGUAAGGGACAGCAAUGGAUCGUCCACACUUCUUGUUCCAGAAUCUGGCCUUAUCCGCAGAACCUGGCUAGGGUUCUUGAGUUUUCUUGUUGAGCUGAAGUCAAAAAUUAGGAGAUUUUUCAAGAAAUCAUGGGAAUUAGGUGUUGAAGAUCCUAAAAAAGUCAUCCAUUGUUUUAAGGUAGCAUUGGCACUCACCUUAAUAUCAAUGUUUUACUAUGUGAGUCCUUUGUAUAAUGGUAUGGGAGACCAGAAUACUGUAUGGGCAGUCAUGACUGUUGUGGUAGUUUUUGAGUACACAGCAGGAGCAACAAUAUAUAAAAGCUUAAACAGAGCAACUGGAACUAUUCUUGCUGGAUCACUAGCCGUAGCCAUACACUGGAUUGCUAUCCAUUUUGGUCAAGCUUUUGAGCUUGUAAUUCUUGGAUCUUCAGUCUUCCUUUCAGCUUCUAUAGCAACUUUCUCAAGAUUUAUUCCGACAAUAAGAGUUCGAUUCGAUUACGGGGCUAUGAUCUUUAUCCUCACCUUUUGUAUCAUUGAGGUGUCGGGUUUUCGGGUUGAAAAAUUGUUUCAGAUGGCCUACGAACGAGUGUUAACCAUUGUCAUAGGGAUUAUUAUGUGCAUGUUCAUCAGCAUGCUCAUUAGUCCCGUUUGGGCCGGUGAGGAGCUCCACCUUCUCAUCAUUCGUAAUAUGGAAAACCUUGCCAAUUCCUUGGAUGGGUGUGUAGCUGAGUUCUUCAAGGAGAAGAACAGCAAUGGCAAUGUGGACAAUGACGAUAAAGCCCAUAAAAAUCUAUUCGGAUACAAAUUGGUUCUAAAUUCAAAAGCUGCAGAAGAGUCUUUUGCCAAUUUUGCCAUAUGGGAGCCUACUCAUGGCCGCUUCAACUUUAGACAUCCAUGGAAACAAUACCUCAAAAUUGGGGCAUCAAUGCGUAACUGUGCCUUCUGUAUUGAGGUUCUUAAUGGUUGCAUUAAUUCAGAAGUUCAGGCACCUGAAUUCAUAAAGAAACGUCUCAAUGAUGCCUGCAUCAUAUUGAGCUUCCACUGUUCAAGGGUGUUGAAAGAAUUGGCUAUUUCUACGACGACGAUGACGAGAUCUUCGAAAAUAGAUCUAUUAAUUGAAGAGAUGAAAACUGCUCUACGAGACCUCAAAAAUGCUUUAAAGUCCCUCCCUAGCAUAUUCACUCCACCAGUGUCACCAUUACCAUCACUAUCACCAUCACCAUUACCAAAAGAAGGACAAGAGGAGGAGGAGGAGAUAAAAGAGCCAAUCUCAACACCCACAAUCAUGCCUGUGGUGGAAGUUGUUCCUCUUAUAACUGUAGCUUCACUAUUGAUUGAAAUAGUAGCAAGGAUUGAAGGGGUAGUCAAAGCAGUGAAAGAAUUAGCUAAAUUGGUGGAUUUCGAACCUCAGAUGGAAAGACCAAUUCAACCCAUCAACAAGCCAACCUCAGAAGACCAACAAGAUCAACAAAACAUGAAAGCCCUACAACAAGUUUGA